UCAACACAUGUACCUACUGAAAAAGCUUCACUUGUUAGGUCAAUGACUGAGGUACAAGAUUUAAAAAUCACAUGGAUGGAUAUUCUGGACCUUAACAAAAUCACUGCCGUGGCUCAAAAGGCAAAGGCGAGCCAAAAGCAGUCCGCCAAAAUGAAGAUGAGCAAAGUAGGAAACCAAACAAAUUCGCAGGACCCUCAAGCAGUGAAUUCAAGGGUUUUUGUUGGAAAUCUAAACACAUUCCAGUGCUCCAAAACGGAUGUUGAAAGAAUGUUCCAGCGGUAUGGGCGGCUGGCCGGAAUAUCGAUGCACAAGGGAUACGCUUUUGUUCAGUUCACGAAUCCAUUCGACGCGAGAAGUGCCUGUUUAGGAGAAGAUGGAAGGACCGUACUUAGCCAGAUUUUAGAUGUAAAUAUGGUCGCUGAACCCAAACCACACCAGACUGGCAGAAAAAGACAAAAUAUGACAAAAACUGGAAAUGACUGGGAUUAUUACUACGACAGCUAUUACGCUUCAACGGCGUUUCCAGUAGGACCCGCCAGAUUGGUUCCCCCAUUAAAAAGGCAAAGGUUGAUGGCAUCUGCAAGGAAUGGCAAAAAUAAUCAAUCCCAAAAAACUACGGCCAUUCCACCGCUCGAUCAACUCAAAGUAUACAGUAAUCAAGACAUAUUGAUCUGCGGCAACUGUAGAGAAAUGUUUUCCGACCUGCACGAACUCCUAGAGCACAAAAAGACCUACUGCAAAUUGCGUUUUACCUGCAAAUGUGAUUCAAAUAAAUCUAAAUCACAAUCAGACGACCCCAGUUCGGCCUCGUUAUUAUGUGUUCAAUGCAAAGACGCGUUCCAGAACGCCUGGGACCUCAUGGUUCAUGCACAAGCGGCCCACAUGUUAAACAUAUACGAAUUAGGAGUACCAACAAUCAUAAAUUGUUCUUCACCCUCACCAGUACCCAACGACAAUUCAUUAGAAAAGGAUAACAAGGGCGCCGUCACCUGCGAAAGGGAGAAAGAAAACGGGGUAGGAAAUCACGAGCACGAUUUCAUGGAGAACGGCCGUGACGGCCUCACGGGCUCACCCGAUUCGGCCAACUCCCGCAACGACAAAGAACUGGAAGACUUAAUGGAGGUCGACGCCGCUCCCAAGACCUGCAUAAUGCAUGCGCUCAGCAUUGUUAGUGCGCCCGCCCCCCAGCCGGGCGCCUCGCCGCCGCCGCUGGCCGCCGUCGCCCCCCACACCGAGAACGGGGACGGCUGGAAGCCCCAGGGGCACACGCUGCUCCCGCCCAAGUUACAACAAGAACCCUAUUAGUAAACUCGUUUUGUUGGGCGACAUUAUAGGCUAAAUUAAAUAUAUCAUUAUACUAUAUAUAACAUCACCUACCUUAGUUCGUAGGUGUUCUUUUAAGGCCGUUACCCACUUUGUUUUGUUUUGAAUCCGAAAUCGCAUACCAAAUGUUUGAUGUGGACGUGUCAUUGCCCACUUUGCAUUAGUUGUUUUGGAAGGGGCGAUCCCUGAGCCAAGUACAAACAUUGCGAGGAACUUUCAGGGCUGAUUUUACUACCCUAACAUGAUUACUAAGAACUUUUCUUAAUUACUCAAAAGCUGUUGAAAAUAUACACUUCAAAAUUGGUACAGUGCAGUUUCCUUGUCUUCGCGAUAGUUUGCUGCAUCUAUUUCAGUCUUACAGAAAGAUGUAAGAAAAGGGCGGUAAAGAUAUGGUUGUUUCCAUAUGAAUUUAAUGAGCAAUAAAAUCGAACUCUUCGAUUUUUUUAAACUUUGGGAUGUUAAUCUACUUUGAAUUUUAAGUUUUUUGUUUUUCCGAAAAAAUUUUUAGAGCUCUGUGGCGCCACACUAUAGUCUGAAUCGACCUAAGUUGGCCAAAAAUCUGUAGCGCCUCAUAGAAUAGGGCUACGGAAAUUAACCAGAGCGAUUUUUGAAGGUCUGAAGAUGUACUUUUAUGAAAAAAUAACGACGAAAUGCUUCCUAUAUGAAAAAUCCUUUGAAAAUCCCGCUGACACCAUGGUUUUUUCAAUUUUUUUUGGCUGUUUCUCCUUAAACACAAUUGUAAAGGAAAUUAGGAAAAAAAAUUAUCACAGACUAUUACAGUAGUGAAAAAAAAACCUUCAAUUUGGUUUUUUUAAGGAAGUUUCUAGGUGCUAUAGAAUCCACGUUACAACCAUUUUUUAAUAUUUUUGGCUUGUUUCUCUUCAGGAUUUAGUGAAAAGGGAACCAGGACAAUGUUACAUUGUACGUUAUCAAAUUAAAGUAAAAGACUUGUAAUUUGGUUUUUUGCAUGACUGUGUAGUUUUUUUUGUUAAUUUUCAAGGUAUCAAAUGCAUAAGGUAAGUCUGACACUCGACACUCAAUACUUGACAAAUUUUAAUUUUCUAUAUUUUAACAGUGGCCAAUCAGUUCGUCUCAAAAAGACCUACAAAACUUUUUUGUGAGCUAAAAAUAAUAAGACAAAUCGACAAGUUAUGACUAUUUGAGGUUUGCAAUUUUUCACAAUGUUUGCAAUGAAAAAAUGCGGUUUUUCGCGAUAUUCAAAUGCUUAGUACAGAAAACCAGUUCCAUUUUUUUUCUUAAACUUACAUGGAAAUUUACCAUCGAAAUGGCUUAUUUAAAAAAU